CCCACCCACCAAACUUGGGUUGCGCAUGCGCAGAAAUGACGGCAUGGCUGGACUGCUAGAAGAUUCAGACUCGAACUCUGGUGAGAGCUUGAGGUCCAUAGAAAGUGAUGAAGACCCUCUUCUGCCCUCAUAUGCAGAUGUCAUCCGUUCACCUUCUAAAAAAAUUAAGGUUGAACCACCUGCUGUCAAGAUACCCGGACCCAUAUCCUCAUUGCUGAUCGGCUCUACCCAAUGUAGUCCAUCACAUGACAGUAUACCUCCACCUCCACCUCCACCUCCACCCCCCCUUGAAGACUCCCUUCAAGACUCCCUUGAAGACUCCCCUCUGAAGAUGGGUCAUGAUCACAAGAAGGCUAUAAAGAAAGGAGAGAAACUAUCCAAGAAGAUGAGGCAGCUAUCCGAGAGUGGCAGGAUGAGGAAAGAUAUGACAGAAAAAUUGGAGAAGUACAAGUCCCAAGGAGGUAUUCUCGGGUUGAGCAAGAUACUGGAGGACCAGGGCCCAGAAGAAGAUGAAUUAUUAGACAAUGUCGGACUCUCAUCACUUGACUCUGACUCUGUUUCCGAGCUACCAAAGUUGGACUCCAUUGACGAUACGCCCUCUCUCCCUCUAAAUCCACCGGGGAAGUCCCUGUUCGUCAACCCCCCUUUGCUGAUUGAAGAAUUGUAUCCCCCAUGUGCUGAAAUAACUCCCCAGGAAGGACCACUAGAAGGCAUGAAGCGAAUGUUACUCUCCCAAGAUUCAACGGAGGGGUUAACUCUACUGCUUACGAGUGAAUGGCUUGGACUGUGUUACAAAGAGAACCCAUGCCCUUUGUCUAUAUGGCAGUGGCUGUUCCAGAUCAUGUGCCGAUCAUGUGAUCAGCUCCUCUCCAAAGGAGCUUUCUCGAACCUUGUCGAUCUUGUCAAAAGAGCUAAAGCAAUUAAUCAAGUUGACUCAAUAUUUUCUCCAUCUAUGGCUGACGUUAUUGAUAUCCUAGUAACCUUAGGUGUUGACAGAGAGAGAUUAUCGAGAAACGACCUCCCUCAUCAAGAAAAUGACAAUGUAUUUGAAUCAUCGCAAUCGAUCUUUGUUAACCUCUGUCUACUUCUUCGUUAUUUGAGACUGUGUGUGGAGACAUGCCCCGAACACUACACUGUGGAGGAGCUAGAAGAAUUGAUUAUGAUCAUUUUCAAUAUUUCUCUCGAUACGAAUGUCCACCAAGAAGUGAUACCUCACGAUAUUACAGUCUGUAUUGGAUCUCUCGUUACAGCUAUUCCAUCUUCCCACUGGGCAUGCUCAGUAGAACGCUUAGCUUCCAGCUUAUCCACCCUGAGUGUACAUCACCAUGACAAACUGUACAUUGCAAGGUUGAUCACUGGAAUGACUGACAGACUGUCUACUCUGCAAUUUUCUGUUUGCAGAAAAAGUAUCGAAUCUUUACUCGCAAAAAUGCCUUCGACAAGUACACAAACAAGCACCGAAUUUGCAAGAUCGAUACUGGUGUACUAUUAUAGUCUGAAAUCUCCGAAUUUUGAUUACGAAAUGUGCUACAAAACACGAUCAAUUCUGGCCAUGCUGUCUCUCUUCAUGAACAUUUCUCGACUGGUGUGGAGUGACUCGAAAUUAGAGAAGGAAUUUGCGCAGCUAUUGGGUGUAUUGUCGGACAAGGUGCGUGACCACCCUAACUAUCCGGAAAGAGGAGUUGUGAAAGAUUUGCUUAUACAAAUGAAGCUCGAAUUUGAAGGACAGAAAAGCAUCAAAAGACAAACUGGCAUGAAUGCAUAUACAACGUAUAAAAAUGACCUCUAACUGUUAUUGUCAUAAUUGACCUUACAAUUUCAGCAAUAAAAUUAAUUCCUUUCCUACUGCAUUACUUUAUACUCUUUAUCAAUUAUAACAAUGUUGUUC